CUAUAAAAAAGCAGCUAAUUCAGCCGAACGCGUGUGUUAUAAACCUGGGCUCAUUUAUUUUCCGUAAAACCCACUGAAUCCCCAAUGCUCUUGAUUUAUGAUUUCUUUUCCCAUCGAGAGCCCCGGAGUUAUUUUUACAUAAUGGAAGCUGUCCAAUACAUGCUUUCGUAUUUACGAUGACUGUGUAGACGUAACUGAAACUGAUUUUAAACGCUGAAAAAUAAUUGUUAGGGUUGAGACAAGACUUCAUAUACAUUGUUUCAUCAUUACUGUGUCCUGACCGGCAUUAAUUCUCGUACGGAUAUUAUUAUAAACACUUUGAAAACAUGAACCGGCUAUAAAGCCGCGGUGACCACAACAAGACAAAUUCUUGAGCCUUUUAACAUUCAAAGACUGGACUGUUGAUUAAAGUCAGUGGUAUUUGUUCAGUGAGAUGGAGAACCACGUGGGAGAGGAAGGGAUGAAGAUGGUCAACCACACGGAGAAUGGUCACGUGGAUGACACGGUGACUGUGGAGGAGAAGGAAUGUGAGGACGGUCUCAUCUACAAGGUCACUGACAACCCGCCCAUGCACCUCACCAUAUUGUUCGCUUUCCAGCAAGCGCUCCUGUCGCUGGCCAAUCAGCUGGCCCUGUCCCUGAUGGUGGCGGAGGCGGUGUGUGGGGACAAGAACCCAGAGUUCAAGACCAAGCUGCUGAGUACCACGCUGUUGAUGGACGGGAUCACCACCCUGGCCAUGGUGCUGUUCGGAGUCAGGUUACCGUUGUUCCAGGGAGCGGCUUUUGAAUACGUGGUCCCCCUACUGGCGCUCCAGACCCUUUAUCCAGACAGGUGUGAUGCCGGGAAACCCACAGUAACAACAAUGUUCAAUGAAACAACGGGCAUGAAUUUAACCAUUGUGACGAAUGCCACGGUGGAUGAAUGGGAAUUAAUUAUGUCACAUGUACAAUACUUACAGGGAAGUCUUAUGACCGCCGGAUUCAUCCACUUCCUGAUCGGAGCUACCGGAUUUGUGGGACUGAUCCUGAACUUCGUGGGUCCGGUGACCAUCGUUCCCACAAUCCUGCUGAUCGGAAUCUACAUGCAGAGAGCGGCCGUCAAAUUCGUGUCUGUCCACUGGGGCAUCGGCUUACUGACAGCUGGUUUGUCAGUCAUAUUCUCCCUGUAUCUCGCUAGAUGGAAGCUUCCUAUCCCCAUGUGGACCAAAAAGAGGGGCUGUCACGUGAUGCGAUAUCCCCUCCAUCAAGUGUUUGCGAUCCUGAUCGCCAUGUUGAUUGGCUGGGGAGUCUCCGGAAUCUUCACAGCAUGUGGCUUGUUAGAGGGCAACGACCUGGCAAGGACUGAUAUCGGCCAUGAAGCCAUCGCAGAUGCUAACUGGUUUUACUUCCCAUAUCCAGGACAGUUUGGUCCCCCUGACUUCAGUGUAAGCGUGUUCGUGGGAUUCCUCAUCGCAACCAUCAUAUCAGUUCUGGACUCCAUCGGAGAUUAUUACGCAUGCGCAAAAACGUGUAACGUCCCACCGCCUCCGAAUCAUGCCACCAACCGGGGUAUCGCCAUAGAAGGACUCUGUACGUUCUUCUCUGGAAUCAUGGGAUGUGGGCACGCUACGUCGACGUAUGGCGGCAACGUUGGUGCAGUCGGCAUUACAAAAGUUGGCAGCCGACAAGUGUUUGUGCUGUGUGGAAUAAUCUACAUCGCCUUUGGCUUGGUGGGUAAAUUUUCUGCUGUCUUCAUUACCAUCCCCCACCCCGUGCUUGGUGGGGCGCUCAUUGUCAUGUUUGGGAUGUUCAUUGGGGUGGUCCUGUCGAAUCUUCAGUACGUCAAUCUCACCUCCACUCGAAACCUCGCAAUUAUUGGUCUGUCCGUUAUAAUGGGACUGGCUGUACCUUACUGGGUGGAGAAAACUCCCGAUGGUAUUCAAACAGGGAAUGAAAACGCCGACAGAAUUUUACGCACGCUUCUGGGCAAUGCUAAUUUAACUGGUGCUCUUUUAGCAUGUUUUAUGGAUAAUACUCUUCCAGGGACAAAGGAGGAGCGAGGAAUCACGGCCUGGCAGAGUUCAGAGACGCCGGAAGAAGGCCAGUCCAGUGUAUACACACAGGGGGAUAUCUCAUUGUACGACCCUCUGCUUCCGGAACGCGUCAAAAACUUGUCAAUCAUGAAGUACAUUCCGUUUUUGCCAAAUCCCAAACUUAAGCAAACGAAACGAGAUUCAUUUAUGAGCGAAGAAAUGCAUUCUUUACCAGCAUUAUGAUGACGUAUAAGUUUAAGAUGUUAUUUUGUAAGAAAAAAAAUAUAAAUAAUACGACGACUUUAAAAAGCUAAUGGCAGUGUUCAAUAGUCAGCAUUUUUAAAGGUUGUUUGAUAACCUUUUUUUUUUUUUAAACUUUGAUGAAUUAUAAAUUAAUGUAAUAUAGUAACAGAACAUUUACUAAUGUUCAACUUAGAGAGGUUUUUAGCUCACCCGAAGCAAAUGUUUAAGUGAGCUUUUCUAAUCAACUGUUGUUCGUCUGUCUGUAAACUUUUCACUUUCUCUUUAAUAUUUUGACUUCCUCUCUAGAACCACAAAGCUAAAUUUAUUUAAAAACUGGUACAAAGUAUCCUUAUGCAAAGUUGAGUUUAAAUUGAAAGGAUAAGAAGCGACCCCCUUUUGUAAAGGGAGAUAAAUAAUAAACAAUACAAAUAGGGUGUGUGUCUUAAAUAAGGAAUAAGGAUUCAUUCUUUGAGUAUUAUGAGGUGAUAAUUUUGGUCGGGCGUUAUCAAAUCCAGUAAAGCCCGAAGGGCUUUAUGAUAGAUUUGAUCACGCCCCGACCGAAAUUAUCACCUCAUGAUAUUCAAAGAAUGAUUCCUUAUUACUUAUAUUUAUAUAAUUUGAAGCCAUCGUACGAUUAAAUAUUAUUUAAAUAUCAAUAAGCAAACCCCGCUGGCGCUUCAAUUUUGCGUCAUUCGUAUUAUGGGUUAUAUAGUACAAAAUCGAUACGUAGUUUUAUCACAGGCAAAGACACCGGAAAAUGUAAAUAUACUAUCUUCUUUUCAAGAACAACUGCGCCAGAAAUGCCACUAUAAUUAACUUUGUAAACUGUUCUCCAAUACUGGGGCCUUAAGAGGGGUUCAAAGUU